UGACUCAGUGUUGAGAGAGAAGCCUCUAAGCUGUUCAUUAACAGUCAAGCGGAGGUGGGAAGUGCACCCAGGAAGCUCCAGGUGCCCAUUUGUUCCCGCAGGAUCCACUUGGGGAAUCACUGCGGGCCAGUUAGCCAAGAGUCCCGGGUUUCUGCGCAGGAAAGAUCCUCACUAAAAUCCAGCAUGUCAAAUUUUUCCUCAAGAAAAAAGUCUCCUGUUGGAAAUGAUCCGAAGAGCACCCAGGGAGCUGCGCUGAGACAACAGGGUUUUCAUGAUGUGAACAAAAGAAGGGCUUUCUUACAGGAUAACAGCUGGAUAAAGAAGCUCCCAGAGGAAGAAAAAGACGAAAACUACGGCAGGGUGGUGCUCAGCCGACAUAACUCCCAUGAUGCCUUGGACAGGAAAAUAACGGAGAGAGAUGAGCCCAAAGCCACAAUUAGCCGGUACAGAUCUGAGGACAUGCUGGACAGAUCGCUGUCCACGUUUAGAACACCAGAAUCAACCAAGACGCCAGCUGGCAGCUCCUUCAGUGCAAACACCACUGCCCCUUCAACCCCCGCUACCACUCCUGUGAAGAAAAAGAGACAGUCCUGGUUCCCACCACCCCCUCCUGGUCACAACGCCCCUCCAAGCACCGGAGCCAGCAGAAGGGACCCGCCUCUUCACCCUCCACUACCUCCAAAGCCCUGUUCUCCCAUUGCUUCUCCCAAACAACUGAGGCAGAGUCAUAGGCAGAUGCACAUGGCCACAGCAGGGGCAUGCGGAGAAGCUGACAGACAUGCUGCGAGGAAUAUAAGGACCGAGGAUCUUGAUGACAUCAUCAGGGUGGCAGCUGCACUUCAGAAAACUGACAAGGGUGAAGAACUGGAUAAUCUCAUCAGAAUGAACAAAAGCUUGAACAGAAACCAAGGUCUCGAUGGCCUCUUCCGAGCAAACCUGAAGGCACAGCAGUUAGACAAAAGAGCCCAGAGUCUUGAAAGUCUAAUCUAUAUGAACACUCAGAUGGACAGAGAUGGCAAAGGAAAUCAAGCCUUCGGGAGCUUUAAGAAAAUCAACCAAAGGGCUGACACCGAGAGAGGAAGCCAAGAUCAGAGAUCGAUUAUCAGAACAAAUGCCAUGGCAGAGAGAAGCAGCAGAAGAGGUAAAGACCUUGAUAGUGUCAUGAAGAUCAGCCCCAAAGGACAUGAAAGUGCCACUGGAAAACAAGACCUCGGUGGACUGAUUAACGUGAACCCGGAAACAAAUAAAAGUAUGAAGAGGGGCCAGAGCCUUGAAAAUCUUAUCAAAGUCACUCUGGAAGUAAACAGAAGUAGCAAAGGGGGUCAAAGUCUUGACAAUUUCAUCAAAGCGGUUCCUGCAACGGACAGAGCUAAUCAAGGGAGCCAAGGCCUGGACAGUCUUAUGAAGGUGACCCCCUCAGCAAACAAAAGCAAUCAACACAGUCUUGAUGAACUUGUUAACACAAGCCCCAAAGCUGUCAAAACUACUGCUGGACACCAAGAUCUUGAUAAGUUCAUCAAAGUCAAUGCUGAUGUUCUUACAAACAACCAAAGGAACCAUGAUUUAGACAACAGCAUCAGAGGGAAUCCUACAGUGAACAGAUGCGACCAAAGCCAUGACUUGGAUAAUCUUAUCAAAGUGAAGCCUUCUGCUCUCCGAAACACAAAUGGAGACCAGGACCUAAAAGGUUUAACUGAAGUAAAUUCUCGUGUGUCUGAAGAUAAGAAUGAAAGGGUAGAUGGCCAAGCCAACGGAGUCACUAACAGUCUGCGCAAGGAAUCCCCAAGAACAUCAGUCUAUUCUCAUGAAACCAAAACCAGCCUCAGCUCCAAUUCUGGAACCAGGAAUGCUGGGCCCAAGGACACUGUUGUUUACACAAGGACAUAUGUGGAGAACAGUAAAUCACCAAAGGAUGGAUAUCAGGAAAAUAUCUCAGGAAAAUAUAUACAAACUGUUUAUUCAACUUCAGAUAGGUCUGUCAUUGAAAGAGACAUGUGCACUUACUGCCGCAAGCCCUUGGGGGUAGAAACCAAAAUGAUUUUAGAUGAAUUACAGAUCUGCUGCCACUCCACCUGCUUUAAGUGUGAAAUCUGCAAACGGCCUCUGGAAAACUUACAAGCAGGAGACAGUAUUUGGAUUUACAGACAGACAAUACACUGUGAGCCUUGCUACUCUAAAGUGAUGGCGAAGUGGAUUCAAUAAUGCUGACAUGGAGAAGCGAAGACAAACACCUUCACUGAGGAAUUUAAAGCUACAUUUUAAGAAUAUGUAAUCUCAAAAUAUUUACACUGAGCAUCAGCUCUUGUUUCAAAAUAACAAUUCUGUUGUUGAACAAAUAAUCUAAUGACUUUGAAGAAGGUCACAUGUGUGAAAAGAACCAUCUGGCAUCUGGCAAGGUUAAGUGAUUAAAAAAAAAUCUACAUAGUUCUAGUUACCUAAGUCAAUGGCCGUGAGCAUUCUCAACCCUCAGCGGGUCAUCCGUGCUCCACAUUUGGCUGCCCAUCCUGGUUUGCAUUAUAACCGAGUUCCUCAUCUUCUUGCCUAUAGCCUCCUAAUAAUUUGUAUCAGUAUUAUUGACACCCUGACAAAUAGGCUGAUAGAAGUAAGAUAUACUUCUUUUUCUACAAAAGAAAAUGCACAUAGAAAUCUUCUUAUAAAAAUUUGCUUCAAGAUGUCAUUGUUCCAAGUCGUUUGAACCUUAGGAAAUCACUUCAAGCUUCCAGGCUUUCUGUGACAUUAUCUGUGACACCAUAGAUCUUCGACAACUGAUUUCUAAGUCCCCCCCCCCCCAUUGCUUUUCCUAUCCUCCAAAUCUAAAAGAAACUUGAGUUUCCUAUUUAGAAACUUGCUGGUAUAUUUGUUAGCUAUAUUGGAAAAAUAUAAAUAAUUUCAUCUAAGUGUCAUCCUUCAAUUUAUCCCAGGCAUAGCUUUUGAGAACUAUUCUUACAACUGAAAUAAAUAGCUCUAUGGGUGAUAGGUAAAAUCAGAUAAUGUGUAAUUUGUUAAAUUUUAUUUGCAUGUGUUUCAAAAUCUGGGUGAUCAAAUAAUCUGAGAAGUGAUAGCUAUGUAUUACAAACAUGUUAUGUAUGUUCGUGUUAUAAACAGCCUAUGUUUACAGAAGGCUCACCACAAUAAAAUGAACUGUCAAUUUCUGCAA